CGUCACAAUUAAUCCCCAAUAAUCCGUCGGUCUAAGUUAUGCUAAUUGCGGACGGACAACGUCGCAGAUGUCGUCCGACGAUAAUGUACACUGUACAACUCUCGUGCUGUGUCAAUCAUUCGACACGCUUGCCUCUUCUCUUCGACCUUACGUCGUGUCGCGUGUGUUGUAUCACAAUGAAAUUCAGCAUAGAGUCCACCGCGUCCUAUAACAGCAUCCAUCCUGUCUAUCAUUACACCGAGCAAUUCGCCAAUAAUGGCGAGACUUAUCAGGAGGGCACUAGGUGGUACGGGGUCUUCCUCGCGUUCCUAUCGGGCACCUUCUUCACCAUUAGUGCCGCUCUGGUCAAGGCGGUGCGCAAUGUGGACCCUAUGAUAUUGUUGGCCAUCCGCGCCCUGCUGCAGAUCCUAGUGAUGGUCGUCGUGGCCUGCAGAUCGUCCGGAGAACUCUUCGGCCCUUCCGGACGGAGGAUGCUUAUACAUUUUCAGGGUCUAGUAGGCGGCAUGACUCUGUCAUUGCUGUACUACAGCUUCCGAGAAUUACCUUUAGGAGAUGCCACAACAAUCAUAUUUAGCUCACCGGUGAUCGUCAUCGCGCUCUCCUUCCUCUUCUUGAAGGAGCCUUGCGGUGUUCUGCGCAUACUGGUGGUCUGCACGCUCUUUGCAGGCGUCGUCCUCGUCGCCAGACCGCCCUUCUUAUUCCAGAUGCACCGUGCUGAGAGCUAUAAUCUUAUGGGAUACCUGUGCGCCAUCCUGGCGACCAUCUUCACGGCGCUCAACAUCGUCGUCAUGAGGAAGUGUUCGGAGAUACAUUACUCUAUCCUGGUGCUAAAUCUGUCGUGCUGGUCGUUCGCCUCGUCAGUCUUCUUCUACUUUACAGUGUCCGGUCACGAGACCAACUAUGAACUGCACAAGUUCCGGCUGCCACACGACUGGUUCACCUGGGGCCAGAUUAUGUUGGUGGCGUUGACCGGUUUGACCGGCCAGGUCCUGGUGACGAAAGCAUUGAAGAUCGAGGGCGCGGGUAAAGUGUCGGUCACCAGGUCGCUGGACAUUAUACUGGCGUAUGUAAUCCAGGUAUAUAUCUUCGGCGAGAAACCGACAUCGACCAGUUUGACAGGGGCGAUCCUCAUCAUCUCCUCUGUGGUUUGCAUGGGCUUCGAGAAGGAGAUCUACGCCGUCUGCGAUUUCAUUCCCUAAUCACGAACAAAACAAUUGUUCGAGGUCGAGUAAAUCACGAGGGAAAAUAAAAUCUUCAAACGCGAACAAUCUGAUUUCGAGUUGUACUCGUGGCGAGAAUAGGUGAAUCUCUCCUAAAAUACUAGUGUUGGAAUAUCACGACGAUAUCGGAUCGUAACAAGUGAUAUUAAUAAAUCUUAACGUUAAUAUAUUAAUAACAUACAAUUUAUAUAUAUUUUUUAAUCAAUUGUGUUGCUGUACAGUAAGUUUCCAAAGAGGUCGGUUGAUUCGCAAGUAGCAUUCGCGCUUUCGUUAGAUUUUCUCCGUAUCCUUUCUACAUUUCUUUCCACAUUUUAAUUCUUAGAAUGACGGUAUAUGACAGACAUCAAGCGUUUUGAAUCUCACGAUAAUAAUAAUGAUAAUAAUGAAUAAUAAUUAUAAAAUGACAGUAACAAUGAUAAAGUUACAUAAUUAGUUUCACGCAAAUCUACAUGUACACAAAUAUACAUAACGGUAGCUUUGCAUCGAUGUAACCGGGUAAAAAUGCUCGUGCGACUACAUAUAAUA